AUGAAGCUUUUUGUCCCUCUUUUAGUAUCGCUCUCAUCAGCGGAAACCGAUUGUAAUAAAGUUCGCCGAUACCUGUACCCUGAUGAAGGGGACUGUCCGAAAGAGAUGAAAUGCUCCGAGGAGUUCGCUUGUGCUGUAGACAAGGACGAUUGCGACUUGUAUCAGUGCGUCAGUGCCACUGGUUGCCCCCCUGGCACGACUUAUUCCGUCUUCAAUCCACAAGCAAGUGCUGACGAUGGCGCUGAUCACGAGAUCAACGGCUUGGAAGGCUACUACUGCAAUCCUGAAGGAGCUUUAACUUGCUCAUACGACACCGAUGGAAAUUUUUACAUCGAUGUGGUCGUCGAUAACAAGAAACCCUGGAUCGGUGCGCCUCAAGAUGACGACGAAAAGCGAAAAGUUACGCUUAUUUCCAAGACCAAACACGAUCAACACGUUGAGGGAACAGCGUUCAAACAAUUCCACGACAGCGAAUGCGUCGGAGAGGAGAUCGAGGAUGGAACAAAAGUCCAUUUUCGCAAAAGUGCAAACGAUCCAAAUUGCCAAGAUGAAUUCGACUUUGGCCACAUCUACAGUGAAAUCAACGGCUUCACUUACGUUGUCGACUUCUUCAUCGGAUUCGAUGAUUACUGGCACAUUAACGAGUUUGGAGAGGAACGAAUCCUUAAAGGCGGUGUUUCGAACCAAUUUCAGUGCCGAUUGAAAGCUUCUGACCACGGCUGGGUCGACCCGAAUCCUUCAUCGAAUAGAACCUACAAUUAUGUCGAGUAUAACGGUCAGAUCCCGUUCACCUUCAAAGCAUACGUCGAUCGAGACUUUUCGGAGGAGUACGACGGAAGUGUUAUCGAACUAGGUGACGAGUACGAAAAUGAUGGUAUCUUUGUCGAAGCUAAGCAUGGGGCCGGUGAUGGCUUGGAGGAACACAUUAUGCAUCUCAGAGAAUGCACAAGCCACAACUAUCUCAAAAUCGGUGAAAGCGACGAUGGCACUCCGAUCUUCGAAGACACUCCCUCAGGAACUUUCGCCUUUUUGAAUGAUGGCUGCAUGGACAACAACAUAGUCACCUACUCCCAAAAGAAUGACAGAACCGAAUGGACAAAUGAUGUAAAGACUUUUGUGAAGGAUCAAUUCAAGUUGCAAGUCGAUGCAGCUGCAGGAGGAAACGGCGCCAAGAUCACAUACUCAUGUGAGAUGGUUCUCUGUCCGCUCGAUAUUUUCAAAGGUUCCACGUCUCCCGGAGAACCUUGCCAUUUGAACACCAAAUGUUCAAACCGAUACGACAAUCUCUUCUCCGCUCGACAUGCUAGAACCUCCCCCGCCAAGAACGACGAUGUUCUGAUCAAAACAGUUUAUGAAGAAGGAGUCAUCAUCACAAAUAGCGCCGAAAUCGGGAAUUUUGCUCUUGGCCUUGCCGUGGCGAGUCUUCUACUUCUUGCGCUCUGA